AAGAUGAACGCUCAAUUUGGUUUUGGUUUUGGGAGCUGACACGCGUCAAACUUCUGUCGUGCAGCCCAAUAAAUAACUGUUCGACGAGUCAGCUGGUGUCGCACAGUGCACUGACAGCACACGGCAGACGCACACACACGACAAACUGCACAAGGCAAAGGAUCUCGCUGACCUAUGACAUAGACAGCUGUGCGGGAAAAGCUCACGCACGAACUCAACACUAGACAUGCAAACGAGUGGACAAAUGAUUCAGCCGAAUCAGCCCCAUACACAGAGUACCCUUCACAUCAAGGCAGGCAGGCAGGCAGGUGUGUACGUGCCUUCGUGUGUAAAGGUCACAGCCGUCCAUCCCAAGACUAACUAAUGGAGGCAGACACACAGACAGACAGAUAGACAGACAGGUGAAGAUUGGCAUGGCGAGUGGCAUUUGCCGCCGCCACGCUCACUUCCCCACCUACAGACACAUAGACAAGAAAAAGCAUCCAUCCCUGCGUCCCAACAGCAGCAGAGGACCUGACUACACGACCUGCCUUUGCGAGCAACAAGCACACGAAAUACCUACACACACACACACACACAUACUUGUACGGCGACCAAAAUCGGGACCGAGAGCCACAACUGGGACGAACGGCAACAGCAGCCCAGCGAGUGGGUAUGGCGUGCAACACAGCGCUGGCCAUGACGAGUAUGCAGCCUGCAUCAGUCAAGGCAGGCAGGUACGUGUGUGUGUAGGUCUCUCUCUCUCUCUCUCUGACCCUCUCUCUCUCAGUGUACGUGGCCAAAACUCACAGCCAUCCAGCUGGCCAUACGCAGACACUGCCUUUGCGUGACGGCCACUAGUGACACGUGGGGUCGCCACCUUCACAAUCCAUGAAAGCACACACGCAGACACACGCACAGUCAGACAAACGACCCAAACACACAUACGAUCUCUCUUUGAGAGCACUCGACAGACAGCCAGACAGGUCCGCAUGGCAUCUCCGAUUGGAGCAUGCUGCAGAGCGCUGUCCAUACAUUCCCAUGAACACACAUCCCAAGCAGACAGACAGACAGACGGGCACCCAUGACGCACGCAUACCAUGGAAUGCAUUGCACCGCCGCACGAAUGUCACUCAGUCACUCGGUCUUUCGCUCUCUCAGGGGCGCCGCUUGACGGCCACGUGUGUGUACUCAGCACGGCCGCCGGUCUUGCUGCACGGCGGCGGGCUGACGAAGACCCCCAGGGGAGUGGACAGCUUGCGCACGUCGAAACCGAGGAAGGGGCGGUAGCUCAGGUGGGUCCUUCAAAGCACGGCCAACUGUCUGCUCAUCUGCACACAAAUAGGCACGUCGCAAAUAACAAAAUCCAAGUGUUCCAUGUGGGUCGUGUGCGUGUACUGUUCUCUGCUCACUUGUUCCGUCGAGGGCAGCGCGUCUGCACCGAGGUGAACAUGUGCCUCACCUCGUAGAGAAGCAGACCCUUCCCCCCUCUCUGGUCCCACUCGCCGCCCUCCGCCGACUCGCCCACCCCGCUGUGCUCGAUGAGGACGUGGGCGUCUGCCACCGCCAGAGGCCUCGCCUGGACCACCAGCGUCGGGUGACGACCACCUGCCUCUCCGAAGUGCCGCUCGUCCUGGCGGCGGAUGGUGAGGGAAGGGGUCAACAAGACGGGGGAGUGUGGCAGCUUCCGCUUGGCGGCCCUCUUAUGGUCGCUUGUGUCAUCAAGGAAAGGGGCGGCGGUCUGACGUGGGGUCUGCCAGAUGGACGAGGGCAGGGCCGUCAUCGUGGGCUCGCUGUCAGGUGUGCAGAGGUUCGUCUGCUCCUCAGUGUCGAACAGUCGCAUGGGCGAGUCGAGGCCGAAAGGCUGCUGCUGCUCCGGAUGUUGUGGUCUCCACACCGGCGACUCGCACUCGAGCUUGACGGGCAUGUCCAGAGGCAGCAACGACUUCUCAGCCAAUGCGCCGAUUGGCGGCCCUCCCAAACUCACGAAUGACGCCUCGCUGCUGUCUGGUGAGGCGCACUGGAAGGGCGACUCGUCUGGCCUCAUCCAGAAGGGCUUGGAUGUCAGCAGUGUUGGCAGGCCAUUCGCUUCGCUGCGGUCGUCGUCGUCAUCUGAUGACAGGCAGGGAGGAGAAAGGAGCACAGGGCUGAGAAGGCUGAUGCUCAUAGUGCCGGGCUUCGUCGAGGAAAAGAUCAUCCUCUCAAUCCUGAGACUGGGGGCGUCGGCGUCUCAG